CUCUCUCUCUCUCUCUCUCUCUCUCUCUCACUAUCUGUAAAUUAGGGCAUUGCACUUGUUUCUUUUGUUAGGGUUCGCUUGAAACCCUAUCGUUGCGAUAGUUGUUCCAUUGCUAUUCGAUUGAUUGGAUUUUCUUUAACUGCUUAUAAGACGGGCGAUUCGAUUGUGCCCGUUUUGUUCUUCUCAUGUGAAGAAUUGCCAUCGUUUGCGGUUCUUGAGAACCAUUCGUGAAAUAACCGGGCAAGGGAUAAUUUUUUCUUGCUACUGGUUCAUAGGUAACUAGAAAUAGGGGGAUUCUUUUCUCUCCUGAUGGUAUGAGCUCGAACAAGGGUUCUGUCGGACGCAAAAAUAAAUAAAAAAAAACUCUAGGUUUCAAAACAAGUGAAGAAAAUAUAAAGAAGAAUUAUGGAGGAAUGCAAAUGAUGUGUGUCUGAAAGGUCUGUGGGCAGAACAAGUCCUUAAUGUCAAAAGAACAAUCCAAAGAAACAACAAUAAAAUGCAAACCCGGAGAAUAGCAAACAUAAAAUUUACGUAGUCCAUCACUACUUCCCUACAUCCACGGAGGAAAAAAACUCAAAUCCUUCACCUAUUUAAGCAAAAUAAAAUACUAAGAAUAUUACAUUCUCUUGGGUUAAUCCAAACCUAAACCUCAAGUCCCUUGUACACUCUCUCAUAUGAACUCUGAAAUCACCCUAUCAAAGUCUUAAGAUACAAGAGAUAUUUAUACAAUAACCAAAUAUGAAUUUCUGAGAUUUUUCUUACCAUUCUGCAAUUGAAUUCCUUGUCCUCCAAGCAAUCUGAGUCUCCUUGAAAUACAUAUCAACCUUUACAAGGCAACUAUGAGAUCAGAGAAAUUGUGACCCUCCGAUUAACUACUGUCGCCAUGAUUCGUCUGUAUGCAUAAUAGAAGAGAAAACACUCCAUUAAUUUAUUAUCUAUCCUCUCUGAUUUUUUUUUUCUUGAGGAUAACAAUGUCUCAAUCUAUGGCAUGUCAAGCGUUUGAUCCUGCUUGUUUGCAGCCUUCACACUUGUCUGCUUGGCUUCCAUAUUUGCUCGGCCCUUGCAGCCCAUGUGAAUACAGUGGAUUUUUGCUUAUGAGCUCUUCUUACGUGAAACUACGGUUGAGGAAGCUGUUUUGGUUCAUCCAUUCUACCCUGCAUGGUUGUCUUCGAGAGAUGUUCUAUGACAGGAAGUCUGCUUUAGUAGAGAUGCAACAGGAAGGCACAUGCUGGAACCUGUUUGAAGCUCUUUUGUUGGUAUCAGCUACAGAUAUUAUCAUCAAAACUCUAAAAAUACUUGAGGAGAAGGAAGCUGUCUUGCAAAAGAAGAUUUCUCAAGAGGUUGACAGAGCAAAGGGAUUCACAAGGGCAAAUAAUAAACAAGCUAAAAACAUGGUACAUCAGCAUGCCAAGGUGUCUUACAACACUUCUAAGAUUCAUGCUGAACCAACAUCAGCAGCAAUAGAGUGCCUGAAGAGGAAGAAGUAUUAUGAAGGUAAAAUGGAUCAGGUUGGAACUUUCCAAUUGCACAUACGCAAUCAGGAGAAAAAGCUACAACAAGACUGUCAUCCAACAUAAAGGGGCAAUAGCAGAUUACAAGCAAUCUGAAGAUCAUGAUGUUAAACUCAUAUCAGUGACUUCUCUUGAUUCUGACUCUUUGUAGAUAUAGUAGUACAUAGACUUGUGUUAUCUGACCUAGGUGUUCUGGUGCUAAUUGUUUUCUUCUCCGGUUUAAAGUUUUUUUUGAUGUAACACAUACUCGAUGAAGGCCAACUUAUGCAUUUGGUAUCAAAAUUUUAACUCUCUGAACA